UGUUUUUUGUUUACAUUUUUGCAGAGGUUAUGUUUUGAAACUUUUGGAUUUCCUUUUCUGCUGGUUAUAAGCAGUUAAAUAUGAUGAUGGUGUCGGUGAUCAACCGAGGUCAGAUGUCAUUAUACGUUGAUAAGAGUAGCUCAAUAGCUCGGUAAUCGUUUGUAUUAUUCGUCUAAAAUUACGUUGUUAGAAAACUUUGCACACUGGGUUUUGUGCAUUAUCCUUGAAUUUAAUUUGCUAUAAUUGAAUAGUAUCUCAGUCUGAUGACUAGCAUCGGCCGUAUAUGUCGUAGUGUCGUGAAUAGUAAGCUCUGUUCAAGAAUGUCUUCCACAUUGAGUUAUGAGAAUGCAGUCCAAAAACUGAAUUCCCUGCAGUCAAACAAGGAGUCCAUUGCGCAAAUACUAAGAGAUAUCAGCUUAGGACAGAGGGAAGAGAAAUGUACAAACUUGAAAGACAUGGAAAGUUAUUUAUCAAGAGUUGGUGUACCACUCUCCAGACUAGACGAGCUCUCUGUAAUACAUAUUGCUGGGACUAAAGGGAAGGGUUCAACAAGUGCGAUGUGUGAAUCAAUCCUCCGGCACCACGGCUACAGCACGGGGUUCUUCUCCUCACCCCACCUGGUGUCUGUCUGCGAGAGGAUCCGGCUCAAUGGGGAGGUCAUCAGCAAAGACAAGUUUGCAGACUACUUCCAUGGCCUCUAUGAGCUUUUGGAGACCUCUAAGCGCCACGAAGGCGACAUGCCCAAGUACUUCUCGUUCCUGACGGUGAUGGCCUACAACAUCUUCCUGCAGGAGAAGGUGGACGUCGCCAUCGUGGAGGUGGGCAUCGGCGGGGUCGUGGACUACACCAACGUUUUGAGGAAGGUGCCAGUGGUGGGCGUGACGUCGCUCGGGCUGGACCACACGUCGAUCCUCGGCGGCACCAUCGAGCAGAUCGCUCGAGCCAAGAGCGGCGUCAUGAAGCGAGGCUGCGCGGCGUACACCGUGGAGCAGCCGCCCGGAGCUAUGGACGUGCUGGUGGAUGCGGCCAGGGCUGUCGAGUGCCCACUUCACGUCGUGCCCGACUACAAGGAGUAUCACUUCCCGAAAACCAUGAAAAAGGAGCUACAAGUUGACAUUAACGCUUACUACACCAACGCAUCCCUCGCUAUACAACUGGCGCAUGCAUGGAUGCGGCUCAGAGGCCGUCCCGCUCUUACCAAUGGCAAUGCGCAUAAGAGCGAGGGUAUAAGUGAUAGUUUUUCAGCUGAGCCGUUGAUAAGGCAGGUUCCUGAGGCUACAGUGGAGGGGCUGCAGCAGUGUCGCUGGCCCGGCCGCUACCAGGUCGAGCGCACAGACUAUGCGCAGUUCUAUUUGGACGGCGCGCACACUAAGGAGUCUGUGGAGAUUUGCGCCGAAUGGUUCCAGAGACAUGCUGACAGAUCAGAUAAAAUUUUAAUAUUCAGCGCUACUGGUGACCGAAAUAGUGAGAUUCUACUAGCCCCACUUACAAAUAUCAAGUUUCAAAAAGUAUAUUUCGUUGUGCCUACUGCUUUCAAAAAUAUAAAUGAGAAAAAUGACAACUACUCUCUAUUAGAACGCGAGGAAGUAAUAGCGAGAUGCCACAAACAUAACACAACAUGGAAAAAUCUUCAUGGCAACGAUAACGUCCCACAAACAUCGGUCAUGGAGUGUGUAGCUGACGCUCUGACAGAUAUAAAGCAAUCUGAUACAUUACCGCAAGUGCUAAUUACUGGAUCGCUUCACUUGGUUGGAGCUGCCCUAGCUGUUUUAGACUGUGAUUUAUACAAGUAUAAGGAAUGAUAUUACUA